CUUUCCCUUGGGACGUAUCCAUCCUACGUCACGAGGAGUUGGAGUUACUCGCUCACUGUGGUGUUAGGAGACUUCUGGGACACUUGAACGGGAUCCGCGGCGCUCGACGAACACCUUUCGACUGAGCGGGAUGAAACGCGUUAUUGUUUCGCAAACGAACCGUCAUAAACAGUUUCAUUCACUGCACACUUGAGCGCCUGGGAAAACGCGCUUUGUUCGCACGCGCAAACUUAACUUUCAUCCUCACUUGUGGAGAGAGAGAGAGGCUUUAUCCCGGAAUCCCGCUGCUCCAGAGGAAUGCUCCCUGUAAGGAUGUACACACUGAGGAUUACAACUCAAACCCGUCUCUUGGCGAUAUACAUCUUCCUCGCAACUUUUACACAUGCAGCGCCCGAUGUGACCCCGCCGGAGUCUGGAGAGGCCGAGGCUCUCGCUGAGGCCCAGAGCGGAGGACUGCCGACAGCUGAAGGUUAUUUCCUGGAGUUUGUGGAGCCGCCAAACAAUAUAACUAUAGUGCAGGGCCAGACGGCCACUUUACACUGCAAAGUAGCGGGCCACCCGCGGCCCAACAUCCGCUGGCUGAAGAACGACGCCCCGGUGGUGCAGGAGCAGGGCCGGAUCUCCAUCCGCAAGACUGAGGCCGGAUCCAAGCUCCGCAUUCAAGACCUGGACACCACCGACACCGGAUACUACCAGUGUGUGGCUUCAAACUCCAUCAAAGUUAUCUCGGCAACUGGAGUGCUAUAUGUGCGACUGGGACAGUCCCCACCCACUGGAUCAGAUCCACCGCAUGAGAAGGGCUUCUGCCAGCCGUACCGGGGCAUUGCAUGCGCUCGCUUCAUUGGAAACCAGAGCAUCUACGUGGAGUCUCUGCAGAUGCAGGGAGAAAGUGAAAACCGCAUCACUGCGGCCUUCACGAUGAUCGGCACCUCAACCCAGCUCUCAGACCAGUGCUCUGAAUUUGCCAUCCCAUCGUUCUGCUAUUACGUCUUCCCGUUAUGUGAGGAGGCCAGCCGAGGUCCGCGCCGGCGCCAGCUCUGCCGGGACGAGUGCGAGGCUCUGGAGAACGACCUGUGUAACGCGGAGUACACCAUCGCACGCUCCAACCCUCUGAUCCUCAUGCAGCUGGAGCUGCCCGUGUGUAACCUGCUCCCCCACCCCGGCUCUCCGGACGCGGCCAGCUGCCUUCGCAUCGGCCUGCCGCCCCAAUAUUCACCCCCAAAUCACAGCUGUUACAAUGGAAGUGGCGCCAACUACAAAGGCACGGUGAGUGUCACGAAAUCAGGCUACCAGUGCCAGCCCUGGAGUGCCCAGUAUCCACACAGCCAUCACCUGACGCCUGUCGAGUACCCUGAGCUCAGGGGGGGACACAACUUCUGCAGGAACCCUGGUGGGCAAAUGGAGAGCCCUUGGUGUUUCACUUUGGACCCGAAUGUUAGAGCGGACGUCUGUGACAUCCAGCCCUGCAAUCCUCCGGAGCAAAUGAAAAAGGAGAUCCUGUACAUCUUGAUCCCCAGUAUAGCCACCCCUCUUGUUAUUGCCUGCUUAUUCUUCUUGAUCUGCAUGUGCCGCAACAAACAGAAGGAGUCUGUCGACAGCCCUGCUCGCCGGCAGCUCUCGGCCUCCCCGAGCCAAGAGAUGGAGCUGCCGCUGCUCAGUCAGCACAAGCAGCAGGCAAAGCUCCGAGAACUCAACCUUUCUGCGGUCCGGUUCAUGGAAGAGCUCGGAGAGGACCGUUUCGGAAAGGUCUACAAAGGUCACCUCUACGGCACAGCUCCAGGUGAACAGACUCAGGUGGUGGCUAUAAAGACGGUGAAAGACAAGGACGAGGGCCCUCUCCGGGAAGAGUUCCGGCACGAGGCCAUGCUCCGGUCCCGCCUGCAACACCCCAACAUCGUGUGCCUGCUGGGAGUGAUCACUAAAGAGCAGCCCAUGAGCAUGAUCUUCAGCUACUCAGGCCAAGGCGACCUCCACGAGUUCCUGGUCAUGCGAUCCCCUCACUCCGAUGUCGGCAGCUCUGACGACGACAAGACGGUCAAAUCCACCCUGGAGCAGGCAGACUUCCUACACAUCGUCACGCAGAUCGCCGCCGGGAUGGAGUACCUCUCCAGCCACCACGUGGUCCACAAGGAUCUGGCUGCUCGAAACAUCCUGGUGUGUGAUAAGCUCAAUGUCAAGAUCCUGGACCUCGGGCUGUUCAGAGAGGUCUACUCCGCCGACUACUACAAGCUAAUGGGCGCCAAUCCCUUCCCAAUCCGCUGGAUGUCCCCGGAAGCCAUACUAUACGGGAAGUUGUCCACGGAUUCGGACAUCUGGGCUUACGGCGUGGUGUUGUGGGAGAUCUUUAGCUACGGCCUUCAGCCAUACUGCGGCUAUUCCAACCAGGACGUGAUUGAGAUGGUCCGCAACAGACAAGUGCUCUCCUGCCCCGAUGACUGUCCAGCCUGGAUUUACACACUCAUGUUAGAGUGCUGGAAUGAGUUCCCCGCACGAAGGCCUCGUUUCAAAGACGUUCACGCUCGAUUGCGCACCUGGGAGAGCUUGUCCAACUACAACAGCUCGGCUCAGACCUCAGGAGCGAGCAACACCACCCAAACCAGCUCCCUCAGCACAAGCCCCGUCAGCAACAUCAGCAACGCCCGCUACGUGAGUCCCAAGAAGUCUCCGUUUCCUCAACCCCAGUUUGUGUCCAUGAAGGGCCAGAUGCGCCCAAUGGUGCCGCCCCAACUCUACAUCCCAGUCAAUGGCUACCAGCCGAUGCCGGCGUACCCGUACCUGCAGAACUUCUACCCCAUGCAGAUCCCGGUGCAGAUGCCCCCCCCUCAGCAGCUGAUGGUGGCCAAGGCCGGGUCGCACCACAGCGGCAGCGGCUCCACCAGCACCGGCUACGUCACCACGGCCCCCUCCAACGGGUCCGGCACCGAGAGGGCCCUCAUGAAUGAAGACCUGAAGGCCACAGAGGAGGAUUUCGCUGACGGGGCGUCUCAAAGCGGCCUGCACAACGAGGACCUCUCUGUUCCCGAGACCGAGCUCCUGGGGGACAACGACAGCACGCAGACUGAGCGCAACGCCAUCAGUUCAGAAGCAUAGACGAUCUGUUUCAGCAGAUGAGAAGAGGCAUUCUCUGCGGUGUCAUUUUUUGACUUUUUUAUCAGUUGUACAGGUUUAAAAAGUGAAGGGAAACCGGUGAAUGACACAUGGACGUGGUGUUAUUUAUGGGUUAAUCAGCAGACACUGAUGGACGGACACGUCAUGCUGUUGGAGAUAUUUUUAUAAGAGAUUUCAGCUGCAGUUUUUCACAGUCUAUGAAGAAGAGGCUUUGCUUUGGGUUCGGUAGCAGACGUGACUCGGCAAUAGAUCUCGUUGGUUUGGGCGUUUUAAUCAAAUUGUUGCAAAGCUAUUCAGAAGAAUGCAUGUUCUUACUGUUGCUGUGCAACUUGAAACACCAUUUCAGCAAUUUUUGUGGGUACCAUUCAUUAAUGUAACCACGUCAUAGUUGACAGUGUCAUCGAGAACAAGACUUUGAUUAUUUUACUUAUUUUAGCUCCACAGGAUCAAAUGGAUUUGUUGAGGGCAUUGAUGUGCAUCAUGGAUCACGAUAUUGGACUAUAUAAGAUGUGCAAAGACAAGCCAUUUGUCCUUUUUUUUUUUAGAAGUUGCUUUUAUAAAACAUUGAAUUCCUGUUGUAAAGAUUUGUAAUUUAUGCCAUUGACUCUCUUGAAGAUUUGUAACUGGUUUGUAAUGUUCUUUGUCUCGUUUUUUUUUUUUAAGCAGGUUUUGUUUAACCAGUAGUGUUACUUUAAAGUCAUACCAACCAGAAACUUUAUUUCUACCCAGAUGUUAUUAACAAAUAUUAACCAUAUAUUUUGUUUAUCCAGGCACGUGGAGAAUCCAAUAAAGUAAUACAUAAU